AUGGCGAACCGUCAGAUGGCCCGCGACAUGCAAGUCGAGUUCCAGGCUCGUUUCCAAGCCAAGCAGGCUCGCCGCGAGGCCCAGAAGGCAGCCAAGCAGGACCCUAUCCUGAAGAAGCAGAUCCAGGACCUUCUCAAAAAGGGCGAGACGCAGAAGGCUUACCAGAAGGCCAAGAUGCUGCUGUCGAAGCAGGCGCUUGCCCAGCAGAUGGAUCAGAUGGCUGAUAUGGCCGAAUUGUCUGCUGCGCAGAUUCAGGCCAACAACUCGAUGAACCGCAUGACACAGAUGAUGGCCCAGUCAUCACGAACUAUGAACGUGGCCCAGAAGAACACCAACCCCGAAAAGACCCUCGUUACUCUUGAACAGUUCAAGCAGCAAAACGAAGAAUACGCCAUGUCCAACGGCAUCUACCAGGACGCCAUCACCCAGUCUACCUCUACCCAAGUCGGCGAGGAUGCUGUCCACGAACUUCUCGGCAAGCUUGCCGACGACGCUGGCCUUGAGCUCAGCAAGGAACUCAACCAGGCGACACCUUCUAACGCCGAGCCUCAGCAGACUAACGAGCCUACCGCCGAGGAGGAAGAUAAGCUCCAGCAGAGGCUGCGAGCCCUGCGCGCAUAG